AUGCAGCGCGCCCUUACUUCCCGCGCGAGAGCGUCAGUCCUCUCCGCUGCUCCCAGCAAGUUCCGUGCCGGUGCCGGCCUGGGACAGCAGCUUCGCUUUGCCCACAAGGAGCUGAAGUUCGGUGUCGAGGGCCGCGCCGCCCUGCUGGCUGGUGCCGAUACUCUGGCCAAGGCUGUUGCGACAACACUUGGCCCCAAGGGUCGCAACGUCCUCAUUGAGUCCAGCUAUGGCUCCCCCAAGAUCACAAAGGAUGGUGUAACUGUCGCGAAGGCAAUUACCCUCAAGGACAAGUUCGAGAACCUAGGCGCCCGCCUCAUCCAGGACGUCGCCUCCAAGACCAACGAGACCGCCGGUGACGGUACCACCACUGCCACCGUCCUCGCCCGUUCCAUCUUCUCCGAGACCGUCAAGAACGUCGCCGCUGGCUGCAACCCCAUGGACCUGCGCCGUGGUAUCCAGGCUGCCGUCGACGAGGUCGUCGCUUUCCUCCAGAAGAACAAGAGAGAUAUUUCCACUAGCGAGGAGGUUGCCCAGGUCGCCACCAUCUCCGCCAACGGUGACCAGGAGGUCGGCAACCUGAUUGCCAAGGCCAUGGAGAAGGUCGGCAAGGAGGGUGUCAUCACCGUCAAGGAGGGCAAGACUCUGGUCGACGAGCUCGAGGUUACCGAGGGUAUGCGCUUCGAUCGCGGCUUCGUCUCCCCCUACUUCAUCACCGACGCCAAGUCCCAGAAGGUCGAGUUCGAGAAGCCCCUGAUCCUUCUCUCCGAGAAGAAGAUCUCUGCCGUCCAGGACAUCAUUCCCGCUCUUGAGGCCUCCACCCAGCUGAGACGUCCUCUCGUCAUCAUUGCCGAGGACAUCGAGGGUGAGGCUCUCGCCGUCUGCAUUCUCAACAAGCUCCGUGGCCAGCUCCAGGUCGCCGCCGUCAAGGCCCCCGGCUUCGGUGACAACCGCAAGUCCAUCCUCGGUGACUUGGCUGUCCUCACCAAUGGUACCGUCUUCAGCGAAGAGCUUGACAUCAAGCUCGAGAAGGCUACCCCCGACAUGCUCGGCUCCACCGGCUCCAUCACCAUCACCAAGGAGGACACCAUCUUCCUGAAUGGCGAGGGCGCCAAGGACUCCAUCUCCCAGCGCUGCGAGCAGAUCCGUGGUGUCAUGAACGACCCCACUACCUCCGAGUACGAGAAGGAGAAGCUCCAGGAGCGUCUGGCCAAGCUUUCUGGUGGUGUCGCCGUCAUCAAGGUCGGUGGCUCCUCCGAGGUUGAGGUCGGUGAGAAGAAGGACCGCUUCGUCGAUGCCCUCAAUGCCACCCGCGCCGCCGUCGAGGAGGGUAUCCUCCCCGGUGGUGGUACCGCCCUCAUCAAGGCCUCUGCCCUGGCUCUGAAGGACGUCAAGACCGCCAACUUCGACCAGCAGCUUGGUGUCACCAUUGUUAAGAACGCCAUCACCCGCCCUGCUCGCGCUAUCGUCGAGAACGCUGGUCUCGAGGGUUCCGUCAUCGUCGGCAAGCUCACUGACGAGUUCGCCAACGAGUUCAACAAGGGCUUCGACUCCUCCAAGGGCGAGUACGUUGACAUGAUCGCUGCCGGUAUCCUUGAUCCCUUCAAGGUCGUCCGCACUGGUCUGGUUGAUGCCAGCGGUGUCGCUUCCCUGCUCGGUACGACCGAGGUCGCCAUUGUCGAGGCUCCCGAAGAGAAGGGACCUCCUCCCAUGGGCGGCAUGGGUGGCAUGGGCGGAAUGGGAGGCAUGGGUGGUAUGAUCCCACUUUCCCGCCUCUCUCCUAGCCACACCCCCGCCAUAGACCAGCAUCAUGUCUCAAUCCGGGUUGGUAUUCCCCCUUUCCGACGAGCCUCUCGAGUCUGCGCCGACAAACCAUUUGACGGGCGACUUUACCGCUCCUUCAAUGUCGAUCCCGGCGGAGCAGGACAAGCUGGCUCCAUCUAUCUCAGCAAGGCGGCGCAUGCUAACCAGAUUUUCCCCACCAGAGCGCAAGUCUCUCAGGAGUGCAUAACGGCCUACAACGAGCUCAAGCUUUCCAAGAAGUACAAGUACAUCAUCUACAAGCUCUCGGAUGACAACAAGGAGAUCAUCGUCGAGGAGGCCUCGGCCGAUAAGGACUAUGACAACUUCCGCGAGAAGCUGAUCAACGCCCAGACCAAGUCCAGGAGCGGUGCCGUUGGCAAGGGCCCCCGCUACGCUGUCUACGACUUCGAGUACAGCCUUGCCUCUGGCGAGGGUGAGCGCAACAAGAUCACCUUCCUCGCCUGGUCCCCCGAUGAUGCUGGUGUCAUGGCGAAGAUGGUUUACGCCUCUUCCAAGGAGGCCCUGAAGCGCUCGCUCACUGGUAUUGCGACCGAGCUUCAGGCCAACGAUGCCGACGACAUCGAGUACGACUCCAUUCUCAAGACCGUCAGCAAGGGCAUGGCUAGUUAA